AGCAGCAGCAGCGGCAGCAGCCUCGCGCACUUCGGCGAACAAGAACUCGUUAUUUUUAGCGCGCGGUUCGUGUUGCAGCGUCGCGAGGAGCCGUUCAUCUCUGCGCCACACAGGCUCGCGCUGAGCACGAGAGGGCUACGCACCGCACUGACUGCGCGUGGAGUUUGCGGGUCCGGUAGGAGGAAGAUAACGGAGCGAGAGCGGGGAGGGGAGCACCGACACCAGGCGCCCGGAGGGAGCUCUAUCACAUAUCAACGUAUCAUCACUUCGCUCUCGGUGGAACGGCCUGCCCGGUGAUGGCGAGCCCCGCAGCAUGUCGAGAGUCCCCGAACGGCCCGCCGCGGGAGCAGGAGCCGCCGGAGCCGAACCAUCCCGAACCAGCCUGCCUGGAGGCGCAGAAAUGGAUAGAGGCUGUAACAGGGAAGAGCUUUGGAGACAAGGACUUCCGCAGUGCUCUGGAGAACGGCAUCCUGUUGUGCGAGCUGCUGAGUGCAAUCAAACCAGGGCUGGUCAAGAAGAUCAACAGACUGCCCACCCCCAUCGCUGGGCUGGACAACUUGUCAGUCUUCCUGCGGGGCUGCGAAGAGUUGGGCCUGAGGGGCUCCCAGCUGUUUGACCCCGGGGACUUGCAAGACACUUCCAUACGAGCUAACCUCAAGGAUUCCGACUGCAACCGCAAACUAAAAAAUGUUCUGAACACAGUGUUCUGGCUAGGAAAGGCUGCCAGUGGCUGCGCCUCCUACAGCGGCCCAACACUCAACCUCAAGGAGUUUGAAGGGCUUCUAGCUCAAAUGAAGGUGGAGAGUGAGGAAGGAGGGGACAGUCCACAGAAGCGCAGCGUUAGAGACAGCGGCUAUGACUGCUGGGACUCAGAGAGAAGCGAGUCUCUCUCUCCACCACGACACACGCGAGACAACUCCCUGGACAGUCUGGAUUCCUUUGGCUCCCGCUCGCAGCACAGUCCUUCUCCUGACGUGGUGAAUCGAGGCAACAGCGAUGGGCGAGGCAGCGACUCGGAGGCCGAUGCCCCCAGCAGGAAGCCAGAUGUGCGAAAGGACGACAUGUUGGCCAGACGGACUGCCAGCGGUGAAUCAAGAAGCUCAAUCCCCUUUAAUCAGUUUCUUCCCAACCGAGCCAACGCCAGCUCCUACAUCCCGACUCCGCGACGAAAACCCCAUCCAGAAGAGGGAGAGCAGCGGAGUCACCCUCCAGCCACUCCAGAGCAAGGCAAAAGACCUGGACUGCACCAUAAAAUCCCCAAGACUGUCACUUGGGCUCCUGAGAGCAAUGGGGAAAACCUUAAACAGGAAGAGGAGAUGGACACACAGCAGGUGUUGGAGCAGAGGAAGUUGCAGAAGUUGGAGAAGGCAGGAAUUAAAGUUCUUCCUGCUGCUGUUCGCUACAGCAGCCCUCCCACAGUGGAGGAAAAAGAAGUGCGUUCACCAUCCCCAAACAUCAUCCUUCGUUGCGAUAAUGACUUUUUGAGCUCUCAGAAAGCUGCAUGGGAUUCCGCCUCUGAUGGAGAGGAGGAGGCAGAAGUGCGGAAAGUUCCAGAUGUUCGUAGAGAUGACUUGGCAUCCAGACGAGCUCAUCGUGGCCCUGUUGCUUCCAAGGUGCAUCAGUUUGUCCCUUCACCUUUAUGUACCAACAAAGACAGAGAGCGCUGGGAGGGCAUCAGACGAGCCUCGCAGCAAACACUGCAGGAGAAGGAGAUCAGGUCAGCCAUUGAGAAGGAAGCAGUCCCUGACAUCAUUACACGCAAAGACAACCCCUUCCUAAACUCUGCGCCUCGCCACGAGGAAGAGGUGGAUGAGGAGGAUGAGGGCGAAGAGGGAAAAGUAAAGGUGAUGCCUAAUAAGCAGAAGGAUGACCUGGCUCGUAGGCGGGCUCAGAGCAGGCCCCUCCCUCACAGGGACGGACCGAUGAGCUUUGUUCCUUCCUCCAUGAGCCAGGCAGAUAUGCAGAAGUGGGAGAGACUCAAGAUGACUGAACCAAGUGAGGCUAGCCCAGCCCCUGUGUGUCAGGCUUGUCUGGAGAAAAAUUAUGGAAGUCCUCUCAGCGGAUCAGCAAAGGCUGGACGAGGUCACAGCAAAGUUGUGACCUUUGGGGGCGUGACUGAGAUCGAGCAGCCUAUAGACACAGUCAUGUCAAGUGAAGGGGAGGAGACGGAGUUGCUUAGACGACUCCUUUCCAAGGCAACCGUAGCCAUGCCUACCAUUGGCCUGGACUCCCAGCUUUCAGAGCGGGAACGCAGCCAGAUAGAUGGAGGUGACUCCAGUCAAGCUACUCCUACCUCUGCUGACCCCCCACCCUGGACCCCCGAGGCCACUCCCACUCCUGCUGAGCUAGAUGCUCGUCUGGCUCAGUAUGAACGGAGGACAGAGGAAGAGGACGAGGAGGAAGAGGAGAGAAUCCCAGAUCUUCAGAAAGACGACAUGAUGGCCAGGAGGACAGGUGUUUUCCAUAAACAAAGCACCUCUACAGGGACUUACAACCGUUUCCUCCCUCUGCCCGCCUCCAAGCGCUGCACACAAGAGGAGAGCACCACAGAUGCUGCUCCGCGAAACAAAAAGCAAGUCCAGGCAGACAGGAGCAAGAAAGUGAACGUCAGAGUGGAGCAACAGCAACCCAGAGUUCCCAUGGAAACACCUCAGCAGCAGCUGGAGACAACAGUGAUCCGAGCAGCGUCUCACAGCGAUCAUGAAUACGAUGAUAAUGAGGACGACUAUGAUGAAAAUGAACCUGCGCCUGACUUGGAGAAAGACGAUAUGAUGGCACGAAGGACCAGAUCAUUACAAAAAGCGAGUGCAGCCAGAACAAAUCAGUUCCUGCCUGUACCUGGAUCAGUCAAAUAUACCAUCAGCCCAGUGUCUGCAAUGAAGCAGCUACACAGCAGACCUAAAGUCACAGAGAAGAUUUACAGUGAAAGCAGCAUUGUUGCUGUGGCAGCAGAACCUCAGACCCUGUCCUCCAAAGCCCCAACCAGCCCCCCAUGUGCAGUACUGAGGGAGAGGCAGGAGGAGGAGGAAGAAGAGCAGAAAAAGGGAGACAUAAUGAUCUCUAACACCACUGCCACUGUGGUGACUGAACCCGCGUCUUCUCCUUCACUCGUGCCUCCACCCAGUCCUGCUGCUGCUGCUGCUGCUGCUGCCCAGAUCUGUAGAGUGGAGACAGAGCUGGAGAAGCAGCAAGUGGAGGAGAGAGUUGAGGAGAGAGCUGAGGUGGAAGAGAGGAGGAGGGAUAUGAAUGAGAAACCGCAAAAGAAACCCUUCUGGCUGGAGGACGAUGAGCUUCCUCCAAUAAUGAUGAGCCGACGAGUUGCUUUUAUGUCUGAGGACACUGAGAGUGUGAGCAUGAGUGACAUACUUAAUGAAGAAGAGGUGGGACAUUUACCGCCAAUGAGCCAAUCGCGAUAUGAACGCAUGCAUGAGCAAUACAACAACUUUCAGGAAGACGAGGACCACUGGCAAGACGACUUGGCUCGUUGGAAAAAUCGCCGCCGCAGCGCAUCACAGGAGCUCAUCAAAAAGGAAGAGGAGAGGAAGAGAAUGGAGAAAAGGCUGAAGGAGGAGGGAGGUGACGGCAAUAAGAGGAAAAGCAUUAAGACAUACAAAGAGAUUGUGGAAGAGAAGGAGCGCAGAGAAGCAGAGCUGUGUGAAGCCUACAGAAAUGCAGCGACUCCAGAGGAGGCAGCCUUGGUUUUACAGCGUUACGCUCUCCGCUUCACCAUCAGCGACGCAACAUUGGACAGCCUAAAACUGCCCAGAACAAAACCCAAACAGGAAGUAAUUCAGGUGGACAAAGAGCACAAACCAACAUCACUUGUUAAUAACUCUGAGAUGUCGGACUCUCUGCACAAACCAGAAUCGGCUGUUACAACAAACCAGACAAACCAGAAGCACACAGAACCUGAGGAGAUGGAGACAGAUACAACUGACGAAGAAGAUAAAUCAGCUGCCGUCUCCGCCAGCUCUCCAGCACCAAACAGUCCCGUCUCCGCAGUCACAAACUCACAAAAUGUGCCUCCUCAGUCACUACAGCUCAGUGAACCACAGACACAGAUGACAGAGUCUUCAUCUACACAUCAGCAGCCGAUUACAGGAGAUGCACAGCCUCAGACCAAACAAACUUCACCUCAGACUGCACAAGUGCAGCCUCACCCCACACAGCCUGCACACACUGUCCCCUCCCCUCCAUCUGUCUCCUCCAGACCCGUCCCCCUGCUGGCAGCCAAACCCUACUGUCAGCCCAGGAGCACACUGUCUGGACACAAACCCGUCAAGAUGGAUGGGUUGGUGCGAGUGAACGGAGAAGCAACGGAGGAUUUAACUGCUUCCAUCCCACCUACCUCCCCUCAGCACUCACCACAUGAGAUCAAAGAUGUUUCCCCCAAACAGACGGAGAAAGAUCUUCCGCCUGAAGAGGCUGGUAAAAAUCCAGAGCCGGCGGAGCAGCCACAACCUCCGCAGGCAGAGAAAUCAACCUCGUCUUCAGCCUCCGCCAUCAGCUCGCUGAUUGGAGGCCGAAACUGUAUCAUCACAACAACUAUUGUGACAGAACUCACACAGACCCUUGUGGAGCCGCUUCAACCUGAUUUCCAAAGCAAUGGACAGGGUGGGACCAGCGUGUUGUUGGAGAGUCCAGUGGAGGAAAGAUCAGCAUCGUCAACCAACAGCUUGCAGGAAUAUUCCCCCACUGUCACGGAAGGACUUGAGGAAAGCAAUGUGACCAUUGAGACCCCCAUGUUGAACUUGGCUAAACGUGUUAAUCACUGGGUCUGGGACCCCAAUGAGGAGCGUAAACGCUUGGAAAGGUGGCAACAGGAGCAGGAGCGUGUCCUCCAGGAGCAAUAUGAGAAAGAACAAGAGAAGCUGAAGAAGGAAUGGGAGAAAGCACAGCUAGAGGUGGAGGAGGAGGAGAGGAAACACAAUGAAGAGGAGAGACGGAUUCUGGAGGAGACAGUCACACCACUUAAUCCCACCGGCUUGUUGAACCAGCAGUCAGGACAGACAGCGACGCCUUCGUCAGCCCCAGAAAACAACAACAACACAGGAGAAAGAAACGUUCCCCUGCAGCACAAUGGCCAAAGAAUCUCCACAGGGAAUGAGGAUCAGCACGCAUCCAAGCUGCAUUUUUUCCAGGAUUCUGCAUGUGAUGGUGAACCUUCAAAGAAACUGGAGCUGUGGAAAACAGCCUCUCUGGACCGCAACCCUCAGCUGAACCAGGCGCAGAUUGUUAAAAGAUCUGGAUCACAUGAUGCUGUAAUAAGUAAACAGCAGCCCUCUCCUUCAACACCUCAACCUCCCUCCCCCACCAGGUGUGUUAGUGGAAAGAGACUUUGUUCUGGUUGUUCUCAGCCUCUGGGAAAAGGAGCUGCUAUGAUCAUCGAUACGCUGGGACUGUUUUUCCACAUACAGUGUUUCAAGUGUGGGGUGUGUAAGGGGCAGCUGGGUGACGCCACUGCAGGGACUGAUGUAAGGAUCCGUAACGGACUGCUGAGCUGCCACGAGUGCUACAUUGCAUCUCGAGGCAGGGGUCAGCCCACUACCCUAUGAUGCCCCUCUUUUGGAACUGGAACCUUACCACCACAGUCAGUCAUUGGAUGGAGAACAAUUAUAAAACCCUGAAUCACAUUAUGGAACAAUCCUCAAAGCUUCGGAAACUUCCUAAAAUGCACAAACAGCCAGGAUGGGUGUUCAUGACAGAGAAACCGGACUGACAUGUGGACUCAAUGACACAACAACAUGCACAUACAGCACUAUAGAUGUACUUCCUAAAUGUACACAUGUAUACACUUCGUUUUAAUAUGUGUAGCAUGGCUGUAAUCUAGAAAUCAGUAUGUUUAGGCCUUUGCACAUCCAUACAAGACACUUAAAUAAGGAUCUCUUCUGUUGCAAGCUAAACAUGCUGUGCUAAAAGUUGAACACCGCUGUUUUUAACACAUUGGUCCUCAUUAGCUCCUGCUUCUGCACUGAUCAUGCGACUCCACUCCUUGAGUGCGAUGCAAAGUGGUUUGGGUUGGAUGACCUGAAGUAGCUUGACCAUUAUAAUGCCUUACUCAUACUGUCUCAUUCAUUUUGGAUUUUGUGUUUACAGUUUUGCAUGAAAAACGAACAUAUAUAAGUUAUUGUGAGUAUUGCUCAGAUGGAUAGUGAGUUGUUAUUUUUUCAACGGUGGAACUUUAACUGUUCUCUUGUAUGUUGUACAUCAUUAUGAUCAUUUUGAAUUUUUUUUGGAAAUCUGGCUAACUUACACAAGCUUUUUCUUUAUAAUUCAUUUUACAGGAAUGAGAAUGCAUGUUAUUGAGUAAUAAUACUUGUUCUUUGGAUUUUUAAGAUUUUCCCUUUAGGAUGUUUUAGCCAUUGUUUCUUCUCAUAGACUGACUACAUCUGAAUCGGUGCCUUAUGUAAUGAAUGCGAGGGCGAGUGUACAGGAUGUGCAGGAGUAUUUCACACUCACACUGACCUCUGGGUCUACGCACAUUGUUUGUUUGUGUGUGUGUGUGUGUGUGUGUGUCAUGAGUGUGUGCAUCUAUAGGUAUGAAUGCAGUGUGUGAUCUGACUUGAAGCACAGUUCCAUACCAGCAAAAACAAAUGUUAAAUGGAUCAGCCUCUCCUAAUCCCCUGCUGUCCUCUUCCACUUCCUUCAUUGAACAAAACCAAUGACACAAAGUUAUUUGCUGCUUCCCUGUUCAUCGUUCCCCCAUUUUACGACAGUUUGCAAUGUCCUAAAGUCUCUCCUCGUCUGCCUCUAUCACAAGUGUUGCCUCCCCAGAGUCUGAGCUGAACUCCUUCCUCCUCUCUGUCUCACUUCUAUCUGGACACCUGACAGCAUCAUCAUCAUCACUCAGAGGAACACAGCU